UUCUCUUUUUUUUUUUUUCUCAAUUAUUUUUUUAAGCAUCAUGUCACUUUUAAAAGAUUUGUACAAUGAUCCUGAAUUAGAAGAAGACGAAGAUGAAGAAGAUGAUCAAGACUUUGUACCAGAAGAUGAUAGUGAAGAAGAUGAUCAUCACAUUGAAGAAGAAAGUGAUCAUGAAUCAACAAAAAGAGAAAACUACCUCAAACCAAGUAAAGUGAUACUCAUCUAAUUGCUUGUCUUAUAUGUUCUUUAUUUCUUAUAGGGAUGAGUCUGAAUCCAAGCAACAAGAAGAAGAAGAAAAAGUACUAGAGAAACCAAAGAAAUCAACGCCCAAAAGACCUAAAUCGAAUCUAUCAUCGCUUGUCAGUAAAUACAAUAUCAAAGAACCUAAAAUGAAUACGCUUGAAAAGAGUAAAUUAGACUGGCAAGGCUUUGUAGACAAAGAAGGUAUUCGAGAUGAACUCAAGUAUAAAAACAAGGACGGAUACAUGGAAAAAGUCGCUUUUCUUCAGCGUGUAGAUGAUCGCAGAUUGGAUCAAUUGAAACAAGGACAAAAGAAGAAACAAUAAAAAUAAAUGUAAUGCUAUAGUCAACUUUUCUUCUUAUUGGAUGCUUAAAAAAAAAAAAAAAAAAAAAA